GCGUUUAAACCGCACGUCAGGAGCGUGUUUUACUUUAUUUGUCGUGGAUUUUGUGCAGCUUACAUGUCCGGGAUGCUGGUUUUAGCGAUUGGACUUUUGCACCUGGUCGGCGGGAGCGCGGCGCAGAGCCAGGAUGCUACAGGUAGUCGCUUUGUGUGUAACGCCAUUCCUCCGGGCGCAGAGCCCGGCUGCGGGUACGGGAGCACCGGGAACCGCGUCCAGAGCAGCACUCCCGUGGAGGACGAGCUGCGCAACACGAUCAUCCAGCUUCGGGAGACAAUCCUGCAGCAGAAGGAGACCAUCGUGAGCCAGCAGGGCACCAUCAAGGAGCUCAACUCCAAGCUGGCGCGCUGCGAGGCGGCAGCCGACGAGUCCACGCAGGGCAAGUCCCGGGGUCAGGGCUCCAGGAGGAAGGAGUACGGCAAAAACACCAUGGGGGACCUGCCCCGAGACCCCGGGGAGACUAUAGACCAACUGGGCAAGACCAUGCAGAGCCUGAAGGGUCGGCUGGAGAACUUGGAGCAGCAGAGUUUGCGCCUCCCCAGCACAAACCUGUCCGCCGCAGGCGUCUCGGCCCUGGCCCCCCUGCCGCCGGAGCUCAGGGAGCUCCUUCGGCAACGUCUGGGGGCGCUGGAGACGCAGCUCCUCCGGAAGGUGGCCGAGCUGGAGGAGGAGAAGAGCCAGCUCUACAAUGAAACCGCGGCCCACCGCCAACGCACCGAGAGCGCGCUCAAUUCCCUCCUGGAGAGGAUCACCGAGCUCGAGAAAAGUAACAACGCCUUCAAGUCACCUGAGGAUUUCAAGGUGUCGCUCCCUCUCCGCACGAACUACCUGUACGGUCGCAUCAAGAAGAGCCUCCCGGAGAUGUAUGCCUUCACCGUGUGCAUGUGGCUCAAAUCCAGCGCGAGUCCCGGCAUCGGGACUCCGUUUUCCUACGGCGUGCCCGGCCAGGCCAAUGAGAUCGUCCUCAUCGAAUGGGGGAACAACCCCAUCGAGCUGCUGGUUAAUGAUAAGGUGGCCCAGCUCCCUCUAUCCAUCAGCGACGGGCGCUGGCACCACAUCUGCAUCACCUGGACGACCAGGGACGGCUUCUGGGAGGCUUACCAGGACGGCGAGCGCCUGGGCACCGGGGACAACCUCGCCCCCUGGCACCCAAUUAAACCGGGAGGGGUGAUCAUCCUGGGCCAGGAGCAGGACAUCGUCGGAGGCCGCUUUGAUGCCACCCAGGCGUUUGUGGGAGAGCUGAGCCAGUUCAACAUUUGGGACAGAGUACUACGGCCUGUGGACAUCAUGGGUUUGGCCAAUUGCUCGGCCUACAUGCCAGGAAAUGUGGUUCCUUGGAUUGAUGCUAAUGUGGAAGUGUUUGGCGGUGCAAGUAAAGCCGCUCUGGAAAUCUGUGAAGAUCGAGCUUUUGAUUCCUAAAGGAUUCGACAUCAAGGGACCCGGUUUGGCUGCUGGGAACUAGAAGCUAAGUAUUUUUGACUGUUUUGUUGCUUCUGUAAAAUCCCAAAGGCAAAAGGGUAUCAGUGCAACAUUUCUACAUAUUCAUACGGUCUGACUGCAUCAUCUCAAACACUCAGAAGUGUUUCUUGAACUUCAGUUCACAUGUCCAAUCAAUCUGAACCCUGAAGACAAUACCAGAGACUUAACGUUGCUCUGCUCAUCUGAAGAUCUGCCGUUGCAUCAGUCUGCUGUAAUGAUAUGACCUGCUGUCACUUAGCGUUUUCUGUUCAGUAGAUCAGCUUUCAUUUGGCUCUUCUUUGAAAACAGCGUGAUUUGGUUGCAUUCCUUACGACAAUGCUCCACUGUAGUCAUAGUGAGUGUGAGCUCAAACGGGCUUUGAUGUGCUGUGGAAAUCUAUCCCGACUAGAGUGCUCCAUGUGAGCUUCCCCACUGUGCGAAGAGCACUGACACGCGCACGCACAUGUGUGUCGAGUUCAAAGUGGACAAAAACAAAUCUCGGUGUGUUUUUUCCUUUUUUUUUUUUUUUUUCUUUUUUUUAGGCAUCCCAACUUGGCAGGUUGUCUAAAUAUUAUGUAUGAGCUUAAGCAAUGAGUGAGAGUCAGUGCAGACAUUCAUGCUUUCUGUCAAUACACUGAGUGUGUGUGUGUGUGUGUGUGUGUGUGUGUGUGUGUGUGUGUGUGUGUGUGUGUGUGUUGUGCUGACAACAUUAUGUAAGGCUGUGUAUGUGGUCAUGUGUGUUUGGCUUGUCUUGUGUAAAAAGACCAGAGAUUAUAAGGGAGGGAGUACAUUUUCAUUCUUGUAAAUCUAUGCUUAAUACCUCGCUGCCCCUUGAGCAGCUGCCAUGUCCCAAACAGCUUUAUGGAUGGGCCGGGCUGCGCUCAGGUUAAUAGCAGAGUCGGACAGCUGCCCGGGACUGGCGGAUCGACAGAGCCGCGGAUGCCAGCUGAACGCCGAGCGAGGACAGGGACUGAGUUUGACCUUCAAGGACGAUCCUUAAUUCCUCAUCUGGGUAGUAAUUAUCCAUGUUCAUGAAUGAACGUGGUGGCGAGCACCACAGCUCUGCUGCGGUCUGAGUUAAGUGUGUCAUAGUUGAUAAAAUAUUGAGAUCGGGAAAGGGGGAGCCAAAUGAGAGCAGCACUCUGUGGACGUUAUGAAUGUCGCUAUGAGACGGAGCCUGGUCUUAAUUGCCUCACGUUGAGCAAGAAAAAAAGGUUUUGAUCAAUUUGUUUAUU